AUAAUUAUAUCUUCACAAGGCUGGUGACGUAGACAUUCUUGGUAUGGCGUCAUUUUUACCAGAAACUGAUAGUGAAGAUGAACUUCCACCUGGCUGGGAAGAACGAGUCACCUUAGAUGGGAAAGUGUUUUAUGCCAAUCAUGAAACAAAAAGCACACAGUGGAUGCAUCCUUCUUCUGGAAAAAAGAAAAAAGUUUCUGGUGAACUACCUUAUGGAUGGGAAAGGCAAGUUACAGAUGAUGGUCAUGUUUUUUAUAUAGACCAUGUGAAUCAGAAAACAACAUAUACUGAUCCAAGGUUAGCAUUCUCUGUAGAAGAGAAGGAUUCUGUGGAUGAUUUCAGACAGCGAUUUGAUGGAAGCAGUACUGCUUUACAAGUUUUACAUGGACGAGACUUGAGUGGAAAAGUUGCUAUAGUGACAGGUAGUAACAGUGGAAUUGGAUUUGAAACAGCAAGGUCUUUUGCAUUUCAUGGAGCUGAGGUAGUUUUAGCUUGUCGAAGUGAAGUUAAAGCACAACAAGCCAUUGAAGAGAUUAAAAAAGAGAGGCCUCAAGCAAAGCUCCAUUAUCUUCACCUUGACUUGGCUAGUCUGCAAAGUGUUCAAGUAUUUUCUCAGCAAUUUCAGUUUUUAGGACUUCCUCUUCACAUCUUGAUACUAAAUGCUGGAGUGUUUAGUCUGCCUCAUUCUUUGACUGAAGAUGGACUAGAGACAACAUUCCAAGUUAACUACUUAGGACAUUUCUAUCUAGUGCAACUACUAGAGCCUAUUCUAGUAAAAUCAGCUCCAGCUAAAGUUGUAGUUCUCUCUUCAGAAAGUCAUAGAUUUUCCCUACUUUCUAAAGAUAAAUUGUCUGAAGAAAGACUCUCACCAUCUAUUAGCACCAACUUUGUUUCGAUGAUAGCUUACAAUAACUCCAAACUUUGUAAUAUCCUUUUUUCCAAUGAACUCAAUCGAAGACUUUUAUCUAAAGGAGUCCUUAGCAAUGCUGUUCAUCCUGGAAAUCUUGUUUGCAGUAAUUUAUCACGUAAUUGGUGGUGUUAUAGAUUAUUGUUUACUUUAGUGAGGCCUUUUACUAAGUCUUUGUUUUUCUUUAGCAACAGGCUGCAGCUACUAGUGUCUACUGUGCAACAGCACCAGAGUUGGAUGAUGUUGGAGGGAUGUAUUUUAACAACUGCUGUAGAUGCCAGCCUUCCAAAAGUGCUGAAGACACAGAUUUUGCUAAAGAACUAUGGACCUUAAGUAAUAAUAUUAUCAGAGUUGUUCUACAGAAAAAAAUAUUUUGUAUUGAUCAAAUGAAAGUUUAAAUUAAUCAAAUAAAAGCUAUACUUUAUUCUUUGA